AUGGCCCUGGGUGGCUCGCUGGUGCUGGUGCUGGUGCUGAUGACGGUGGCUCCACCCAGGACAGGAGCGGUGCCUGUCCCUGAAGCCCUCAGGGCCCUCCCAGGAGCAAGGGGCUGCCACUUGGCCCAGUUCAAGUCUCUGUCCCCACAAGCGCUGCAGGCCUUCAAGAGGGCCAAGGAUGCCUUUGAAGAGUCCCUCUUGGAGGACUGGAACUGCAGCUCCCGCAUCUUCCCCAGGAGCAGGGACCUGAAGCAGCUGCAGGUGUGGGAGCGCCCCGUGGCCUUGGAGGCCGAGGUGGCCCUGACCCUCAGCGUCCUGGGCUCCUUGGCGAACUCAUCCCUGCACAGCAGCCUGGACCAGCCCCUUCACACGCUGCGCCACAUCCACGCCCAGCUCCAGGCCUGUGUCCCAGCUCAGCCCAUGGCAGGCCCCCGGCCCCGGGGCCGCCUCCACCACUGGCUGCACCGGCUCCAGGAGGCCCAGAAGAAGGAGCCCCAGAGCUGCCUGGAAGCCUCUGUCAUGUUCAACCUCUUCCGCCUCCUCACCCGGGACCUGAAAUGUGUCGCCAGUGGAGACCUGUGUGUCUGA